UCUGCAGUUGCUUGGCUCAGGGUGGCGAGUUUGCGCUGUCCGCGACUUUUACUGACCUCCUGAGACCCGCUGUGUGUGCGCGUGUGUGUGUGAAGCGCUCAGCUGUCUGUCAUAAACCAGCACAACAGCACGGGCUUCUCCAGAGCACGCGUACAGAGGCGCUGGCGACAGCUGAGUUGGGUCUUCAGUUAUGCACAGCUAGAUUAAAGCAAAGCGAGCCAGUAUCCGCGUCAAAAUGGACUGGUGUAUAGGCGAACUAACGUGAAAACAUCCUCAAAUUGAUUUAGCCCAGCGUUGUACUUGAACCACGGGAUGAUCUGUAGUAUCUUGUUGUUUACUCUCGAAGCUUUUGCAUUGAAGCGCAAUGUUCACGUUUGACAGCCCUGCGUAACAUUUCGUCCGCGCUGAACAUGACAGAGGACAUAAUGACGGCUGUGCGCCGAAAUCUUUCUCAAACAGCAGGUGCCUCGGGACAAAAGGAUAGCGGACAAACUGAACCGACAAACGGGGCGAUUCCUUCCUCCUCACCCGCGGAGCUGAGCCAGGACUCCGCAUCCUGCACCAGCGAACUGACGCGCACGUGGCUGCAGUUCGCCAAGACCUUCGUCAUUAUCUUCCCCAUAUAUGUCUUGGGUUAUUUUGAGUUCAGUUUUAGUUGGCUUUUAAUCGCCCUCACGAUAUUUUUCUUUUGGAAAAGAAACACUAGGUGUAAGAACACUAGGUUGAAUAGAGCACUUUCGUUUUUUGCGCAAGAAGACACAGUUAAACAGGAGCUGGAGGCAACUGAGUUACCAUCAUGGGUUCAUUAUCCAGAUGUGGAGAGAGUUGAGUGGCUAAAUAAGACAGUGAAACAGAUGUGGCCUUACGUGUGUCAGUUUGUGGAGAAGCUGUUUAAAGAAACAAUCGAGCCAGCAAUCAAAGAAGCCAAUGCCCACCUCAGUACAUUCAGCUUCACCAAGAUCGAUCUUGGAGAUAAGCCUCUCAGAAUCAAUGGGGUCAAAGUUUACUCUGAGAACGUGGACAAACGGCAGAUCAUCAUGGACCUUCAGAUCAGCUAUGUUGGAAAUACUGAAAUCGAUGUGGAUGUCAAAAGGUACUACUGUAGAGCAGGGAUCAAAAGUAUACAGCUACAUGGAGUUCUGCGGGUGAUUCUUGAGCCACUUUUGGGGAAUAUGCCGCUGGUUGGUGCUCUUUCCCUCUUCUUCCUCAAGAAGCCACUAUUGGACAUAAACUGGACAGGCCUCACAAAUAUAUUGGACAUUCCAGGGCUUAAUGGCUUUUCAGACCACAUGAUCCAGGAUAUUAUCAGCACUUACAUGGUGUUGCCUAACAGGAUCACUGUACCACUGAUAGGUGAGGUUGAACUGGCACAGCUUCGUUUCCCUAUGCCAAAGGUGAAUACACUCACGCAUCUCAUCAAACCCUACAAAUGUUUAUUCAUAUUAAUAUUCAUUAACCUCUCAUUGUCUUUGCUGUAUACACACACACACACACACACACACACACACACACAUUUACUGCGCUCGUAAGACUGAAAUGCGUUUCAUCAUCAGGCACUAGUAUAUGAACAUUCAGGACAACAUCUGGAAAUUGAGCUCUUCGAUGAAGACCCAGAUAAAGAUGACUUCUUGGGCAGUCUAAUGAUUGACUUGAGUGAGCUUCAUAAAGAACAGAAGGUUGAUGAGUGGUUUGACUUGGAAGAAGUUACUACAGGCAAACUUCAUCUGAGAUUAGAGUGGCUGUCAUUGUACCCGAGUGCUGAGAAACUAGAUCAAGUAUUAAGGAGCAUAAGGGCUAAUGAAAAUCUUUCCUCAGCUCUGCUAGUUGUUUACCUGGACUCUGCCAGUAAUUUGCCGACCAGUCCUCUUGACUUUAACCCUGAUGGCCCCAAACCCCCUUAUAAAGGCCUGAAGCAGUCUGGGAAAAAAGUGAGCAUAGAUCCAAAUCCUUUUGUCAAACUGACUGUAGGACAAAAGAUGUACACAAGCAAGGUGAGGUUUAAAACUAGUGAGCCGCUGUGGGAGGAGGCUUUUCACUUCCUUAUCAACAACCCCCGCACUCAGGAACUGGAAAUUGAGGUGAGGGAUAGUAAGCACAAGUGCUCUCUGGGUAGUGUGCGGGUGGCAGUUGCUUCUCUCCUGAAGGAGGCGGACAUGACGCUGAAUCAGCAGUUCCCCCUGCAGAACUCUGGCCCCAGCAGCACCCUCAAACUCAAAAUGGCUCUCAGGGUCCUCUGUUUAGAGAAGGAGGUCACAUCCAGCCAACCGUCUUCUGUCCGGGUCAGACACAGUAGUCAGAAUAACUCUUGCGUGACCCCUCAACCUCAAACAGUCACUAGCACCAGCAACUCCACAGUCAUCCAGCCAUCACAAAACCCAUCUUGUACCCUCGCACCGGACACCCCUCAAGGGAAAAGAGGAUCUGAUGGCUCCCCGGUGCGGUUAGCAGAGGCAGGCCGCAGUGUCUCCAGUCUGGAGAUAAGCAGCUCGCACAAGCAUCAGUCUCACAGAGACUCUACACCUAGUCUGGCCUCUGACAUUUCGCUGCCGUCUGCCACACUGGAACUGCAGCAGAGGUUACAGAAGCUACAAAACGGCUCUGGGCUGAGACAGUAUCCACUCGGUGAAGUCCAGCUCACUAUCCGACACAGCUCACAAAGAAAUAAACUUAUUGUAGUGGUUCAUGCCUGCAGAAACCUCAUAGCACUGACUAAAGAUGGUUCAGACCCAUACAUCCGUCUGUACCUGUUACCAGACAAGAGCCGGAGGGGCCGCAGAAAAACCAGCACACUCAAGAAGACGCUCAAUCCUAUCUACGACCAGUCCUUUGAGUUCAGUGUGUCUAUAGUGGAACUGCACAGGAGAACUUUGGAUGUCGCUGUCAAGAAUGGAGGAGGACUGUUGUCCAAACACAAAGUACUACUAGGCAAGGCACUUGCGGACUUGGCAAGUGAAGACAUUUCGAAAGGAUGGACUCAAUGGUAUCAUCUAACGGAGGAUGGCUCGAAGAAGAUAAUUCAGAUGUAGUGGUCCAUGCUAGAAAGCAGAAAUGAAUGGAACAGCAGAUAACUGGGACAUGUCACGGCAUGCACAGGAUAAUGUAGAGGCUUUAGUAGCAGAAGAGCAGUGCUGGACUAACUAAACCAGGCUACUUCUACUGGGAUUUACACUGGCCUACAAAGUGUCUCUCUCAUUCUCACCAAAGCUAAAAUUGCCACCUGAAGCAUCUGUCCCGCUUACUUUCACUUUCUCAAAGGAUUCAAUCUGAUAGUCUUUUUAAUUUUGUCUGCUUGUUUGUUUUAUCCUUUUAUUCAUCUUAUUGGUGUUUGGUCGCAUAACUUCACUUUUUAUCAGAUAAAAAUGGUUGCCCAUGAAGUUAUGAAACAACAGUAGACAAAAAGAUCAUUAGAUUUAUUAUUAAAUGUGCCUUUAUUUGUUGUAUUUAAGUUAUUUUG